AUGGGUCGCCAGUCCGCUCUCCCUCCAGACCAGCUUGUGUGGCUCGAUAGCAUGAGUCAGCAGCUGCUGUGCAAAAUCAAGAACAAUGACACCGACAUCGACACAUUUGUUAAGUCUGCAGAGAAAUACUGGGAGGAAUACUGGGGUCCCAAAACACCCCAAGAAAAAGUUACGAAGUAUAGAAAGUCCGUCCAAGACAGGUUCAAAAAUAAUCGCUUUCGAGCGAAAGGCGACAAUUCAUCAUCCGGUACGCCAGGAGGGUCUGCCUCUCUACCGACAUUUUUCUCUCUCGCCCAACAGCCUGCACCAACCCCAUAUGAGCUUUUCCGUGCCGAGAGAUCUGAGGAAAUCAACAAAGCAGUCAACAAGCAGCGUGAGAAUGACUGUAUGGGACAUCAGCAUCAUCUGGGUCUACUCAGAAAGGAGCUUUCCUCUGAAUAUAGAUCCACCAAAUCGACAUGGAUAGCAAAAGCCCGAGGACUGCAGCAAGAUAAGGUGUCAGAUGUGCUUUCGGAAACUCAGUGUCAGGAAGUCUUUACAGCACAAAUGGAGGAAUUCCUGGAAUCCCUUCUUGGCCGUGGGCGAGGGAAGAUCGGUAAUGGGAGCUUCGCACUCCUAUAUUCUUACCGGACGGCUGAUAACACCUUGAAAAUGGGAUGUAUCAAUGCGACGGCCAACAAGAAAGCACCCAAACUCCCAGCACUCUUUCCUCUUGAGUAUAACCAAAUCAAGAGCACUUGGGGCAACUAUUGUAAUCAGACUAUUCCAUUAAACCACGAUGUAUCGCUCACCCCCGCUCAACAGUUAUUUAAGUGCUCUGAGGACGGAUGCCCUUACUUUCCGAUUGGUCAACUUGACCCCGGUAAGACCCCACCUGUGGAGUUGGAGGAUGUUCUCCGGAACUACUUUCAGGCCCAAUAUGAUUACGCGUGGUCCAAUGCUGGGGGAGCUGGCUUCGGACCCAUGGAUUGGGAGCAUGUAGAGUACUCAGACAUGCUAUCUCACGGCUUAGAGCUGAGAGUUCCUAUAGAUGGGGACUACGGCUACGUUUAUCAGCUCUACAACUAUUUUGAUUCGCAACUGAACCAGCCAAUUCAGGUCUUCAAAAUCAAAGAUACGAUUAUCAAUCUGUCGCUCUCGUCGGAUUGCCUAGCAGCGCCAUGUGCUCCCAUUAGUCCAGCUCCUGAAGCUGUACAAGCUGAGCCCGAGAACUCCUCCGAGAACCCCAGCCACGGAACAGUCGAUUCCGAUGAGGUUGUCAAUAGCCCACGCACUGAUUUUUCUCAAACACUUCCGGCGCUAGCUAAUUCGGAGAACGGAGGAAGAGAUAUCACACCGGAUAUGGGAAACGCGAUCAGUGAUAUCACCGAUCGUUGCCAAACACCGGCGUCCCCGGCGACCACGUCACGGCGGGAAGUCUCUUUAAUUGGUCGACAAAACUCUGAAGAUUCCAGCGAAGUUGAUGACAUUGAAGUUGAUCGUACGCCCAGCAAGCGGGCCCGGUUGGAAACAUCGGACGAUUCGGUUCACGUUCCGAAGAAACGACGCAAGUCAUCCCAGCCCACAAAGAAUGUGGGCAGUACAUCAUUGGCUACACCGACCAGGCGCCGUCGUUCAGUUCGUGUGGCAACGCAGAACGUCAUUGAACUCUCUGCCGCUGACACCACAGGACCCAGGACACGAGUAAUCAGGAGUGGACGAAGCGGUAAAGGUACAUGGGAGGAGGUUUCGGUCGGCGCUUCCGAUGAAGAAGAGAAUUGAGCGUCUGUAUUCGGUACUUAUAGUUUGGCUGGUCAGUGGUGCAUGCGCUACUUCUCAUGCUCGCCGACACAUGCCGAAUCCUUCUGAUGUAAAAAGUUGAGAUUUAACGUUUGAACACCUCAAAAUUGAGUCCGGG